AUGCAUUAUCUCAAAGAUUAUCUUGAAUUACUUGAACCAUUACGUGACAUAAUGAGAGAAAAAUUUACAUUAAUGCGUGAAAGUGAUUUAAAAUUACAAGCAGAAUUUUCUCAGUUAGAAGAAGAUUCAUCAGAAUUUCUUAAUAAUUAUCGUGUCUAUCAAAAACAAUCUUCACUAUCACCAACAAAAUCAAAAAUACAGACAGAUCGUUCAAUAAUACUAACAAAUGAUCAAUCUCUCGAAAUGACUCCUGAGCAAUUAGCUGCUCAGCAACAAAAACAAACUGAAUAUAAUAAACUUAUUGAAAGACAUGAAGAAUUACUUAAAAUGAAUACUGUGAAAAUUAGUUUAGCGAAUGAUUCUCAUGAAUUUGUUGAACGAUAUUUUAAAAAACUUGAGAAUGAUUUACAUAAAUUUAAAAUGGAACUUGAAGCUGAUUAUUCAGGUUUAACAGAAGUUUUAGAAAAACGUACGUUAAAAUCACUUUUUUUCUUCAUUGAAAAAUACCGUUUUAUUUUAGGCUUUGCUAAUGAAGAUUGUAAUGACUAUGAGAAUAAAAUGGGAGAAAAUGGUAUUCUUGAUCCAUCCCUAAUCGAUAUAGAACCUUUAUUUGAUUCAUUCGAUGAUCUAACAAUGCCAAAAUCAUUAACACAUGAUUUACCAUUGAAUUGUGUAACUUCACAAGCUCAUCGUUUAUCAACUGGUCCAAAUUCAUGCCAUCCAUUGUCAUUACUGAAUCGAAAAUCACAUCAACGUUUGUAUUCGAAUUCAUUAUCAUCAUCGUCAUCACGUGGUCGUAAACGUUUACAAAGUGCAUCAUCAACAAAUAACAGUGAAAAACGAAAACGAAAUACUCUUAAUGAUUCUCAUGAUUUUCAUCAAAGUGAUACUGAAGAAUCAUUAUCAAAUCAUUUUUUUAAUUUAAAACAUACACCAUAUGAUAGUGAAACAUAUGUCGAUUUAGAUCCAUUAAAUGUUCUAUCAAAUUUAAAUGAACAAACAACAGAAAAUAUUGAUGAACGACGUUAUUGUAUUUGUAAUCAAAUUAGUUAUGGUGAUAUGAUUGCAUGUGAUAAUCCAACAUGUCGUCGAGAAUGGUUUCAUUAUCCCUGUGUAGGUAUUAUAACACCACCAAAAGGAAAAUGGUUUUGUACUGAAUGCACUCAAAUAUUACAGCAACAAAAUAUGCAUAAAUAA